UUUUCGUUUUUGGAUUUCUAACUUCUCAUUUCCGUUUGGCUGUCCAGAAAACGGUGGAAAAUAAGUUGUGAUUUUAGUUCUUUGAUUUUCUUGAUUCAUUUAAUGUUUUUAAUGGUCUUCGCUGAGCUGAGCAUAUUUCGCUAUUUGGAUCGGCUACAAUUGAAAUAGCGGACAACAUGAAAACUCGAAUUGAAACUUCUUGUUUCCGUUUGGUUUCUGAGAAACUGAUGGAAGAUAAGUGAGAACCUCAUUUGAAAAUUUGGUUCAUUAUUUGUUUUGUCCUCUGUAAAUGGAGGAAAUUUAGUUUGAGUUGAGCCUAAUUCAGACUACUAGCCUGGAUUUUCAUAUCAGAAUCUAAACGGCUGAGGAAAUAUCGGGGAAAAAGGAGAUUGGCUGAGCUAUGACUUCUUAUUAGUUGAACAUAGCUCAAACUAUUUGGAUUGAUCAAAUUUGAAUAGCGGAAAACAUGGAGACUCCAUUUUUAAAAAUUUUUAUUGUCAGAAACCAAUCGGCUGAGGAAAUGUAGGGGGAAAAGGGAUCUUCUCCGCAUGUUUGGUGGCUGAAUUGUGACUUCUUAUUCAAUGUUUUACUUCUCAUUUCCACUUGAUUGCUGAGAAAACUAAGAAAUGGAUUAUGUUUCUUUAACAUUUUAUUCUUUUAAGCUCCGCAUAAUUCAAACAAGUUCUAAGAUUGUAUUUUCUUUUUGUUCUUUUGUUUCACCAUGCUCGGUAUAAUUCAACAAAUUGACUCGGUUGAGUUGUAAUAGCAGAAAACACGAAGUUUUUGUUUUCUAAGUAUGCUUUCUUGGCAACCAAACAGAUGAAGAAAUGCAGGGGAUAAAAGGAGAUUUAAACUUUUGAGGUUUAGGUUUCAUUUUUGGAGACAUGAGAAAGCUAAGAGUUUUCACUCGUCUGAGUCUAACUCAACAGAAGAAUAAUGUGUUUAUUUAUAUUUUUCAUUCUCUUUUCUCCCUUGUUUCUCUCAGCUAGUAAACAGAUGAGGAUGAGGAAGCAUGUAAGAUGUUAGUAUUUUGAGUGCUUGAUUGUUCAGUCCCCUGCUACCUGAGACAACUAAAUCCUACACUCAACCAAACCUAAUUAGGCUUGUUUGAGUUGAAUUUCAGAGUCAAACUACAGGAAACAUAUGAUUUGGUUGUUUUGUUUCUUGUUCUUUUUCUUUCUUUCAGCCACUGUUUCAGUGAUCAAAUGGUGGACUAUGCUUUGAAUAUGUGUACAAUUGGAGACUGAAAUAGCAAAAAAUGCUAGAUUUAGAUUAUCUUAUCUUAUUUUUAUAAUUUCCUUUUUGUUCCAUGGAAAAUAAACAGAGGUAACUGAAGAGGCAGAUGAAACUCGACUAGAUUGUUGUUUUUUUAAUGUUUAGAGCUCAAAUCAAUGGCUUUAUGUGGGACUGGAUUGAAAUUGAGUUUGGAAAGCGUUGGAGUAGGGUAUUAUAGUAAAAAUUCAUCAACAAGACUGCUCAGAUCUUCAGGUACUUCCUUGAACCAAAGGAAGCACAGUUCAUUACAGCAGAAAUGCUGGAGAGUAAGGUGUUCGUUGUCAAGAAAAUCCACAUUGCCAAUGGAAUCAGAAGAGAAUGUUCAAAGUGUUAGUUCAGUCUUGGUAGAGGAAGAAUUGGAGCAUGUUAUUAAAUUCAAGAUCUCUGAUUUUAAAAUCAGUGAUCGCGUUAGUGUUGGCCUUGGAGGACGGGCAGAUGAGGUAGUUUUUGAAGCCACAGUGAAAGAUUCACAAAGCCCUCUGAAUGACACAAGGGUUGUGCUUAGGCAACUCAUAAGUGCUCAAGCUAAGCGUAGAGGGAAACGUGCCAUAGAGGUAUUAAAGAGGCUAGUUCGUCGUAGACUUAUGUACCAUUCAUACUCCAUGCAAGUUCAUGGCUAUGUCCCUUCACCAAUGAUUGGGGAUGGUGGCUCAUUUACCCUGGUUCACGGGUAUCAUGGUAGUUUUUCUUUAAGGCAUUGGCUUCAACUUUCGGAUUGGCUUCCAACCUUAGAAGCCACUCUUGCACUGGAUGAGGAGUCUGUUAGGAGAGUGGGAGAUGACACAGUUGGAGGACCUGCUGUGUCUCGACAACUGCGUCUUAUACGAAUUUUGAUGAGGGAUCUAUUGAUUGGAGUUAAUUACUUGCACAGCCAUGGACUUGCCCAUACAGAGCUAAGGCUAGAGAACGUGCAUAUUAGUCCAGUGGAUAGACAUAUUAAAGUAGGGAUACUUGGAAAUGCUGCUGAUUUUCAUGAGAGCAGUCAGAAUAGUAGCACCCUGGACAGCAACAUGGAGAGACGACAAAUGAUGAUAGCAUUUGACAUGAGAUGUGUUGGCUUCAUGAUGGCAAAAAUGGUGUUGCGGGAACUGAUGGAUCCUACAAUCUUUGCAAAGUUCAAAUCAUUCCUCACCAAGGGAAAUGAUCCUUCGUGCUUGCGGGAGUUUUUGUUGCAAAUCCUCAAUAGGAAUUCCUCAUCCGGAAAUGCUGGCCUGCAGAUACUAGAUAGGAAUUGGGGUGCAGGUUGGAAUCUUCUAUCUUCACUGCUUGCCACUAAAUCUUCAAAGAGAAUAAGUUGUUUAGACGCUUUAAGACACCCAUUUCUGUGUGGACCAAGAUGGCGAGUCAGCCCAUCCAUGGAUAUUAUCAGAUGGGGUCUUGGUUCUACAGCAGUUAGAAUUUCGGAGGAAUACAUUUAUCGCCUACCCCAGCGGACUAGGCUGGCGCAUUUCAUCGAAUUAAUGGAGAUGCUGAAUCCUUACUCAAAACCAAGGAAUUGGCUGGAAUUGCUGCCCGGAAAAUGGCGGUUACUAUACUCUACUGGGCGGCACAUUGGUCUCACCCUCCGCCAGCCUUCCGCUCGAGUCCUCAUCGGCGAUGUCCACCUAACCGUCUCACGAACAUCAACCCUCAACACCAACCUCUCGUUCACUUCAGACAUCGGUUUCACAGUCAUGGUAAAUCAAAAUUGGCCCCAUGACAAGUCAGGGACGACUGGCAAACUGCAAGUGAAUGCCAUGUUCAGAUUAACAGCCGGGAGACGACUGUAUCUCAAGGAAGAUAAAACCACAGGAAAGUUCCCUUCCCCCUCAUCAACUUCCCAAAAUUAUGUAAUCCGAAAAUUCUCAGGUAGGAAAUGGAGGAAAGUAAUCCCCUUUAAGGAGUUCCCGUCGACUCUCCCAGUGGCCAAAUUCACCCCACAUGACGUUGAGCUGACAAUGGGUCUCGAUGACCCAUUGAGUACCAACGUCGACAUUGCCAAAACCGUAGUCCGAGAAGUUAGGACACAAGUCCCACCUGAAAUCUUUGAUCUGUCAAAGAUUGUUUGCGGAACGUAUUUGGACCCCAGGCUGCUGGUCCUUCGUGGGGUGAGUGGAUCAGCACUCCUCUUCACAAGGUCUUGUGAAUGAAAAAGCGCUGUAGAUAAAAGAUUCAUUCUGUUUAUUGGUUCUGUUGUAUCAUUUGAUUUUGUAUAAUAUCUGUUAAUAAAAAAUUUCUGAUUGUUUCUAGGGAAAA